AUGAGUCAAAACACUGCCCCAGCCGUGGUGAUGAAGCUCCCCCAAAGCUUCCAGUUCUCGCAAACUGUGCUCCUUAAAAAUGCGGCAUCUCCCAGCAAUGGUACCAAUGGUACCAACGGGGCCAACGGCAAGAACGGCACCAAUGGAACCAACGGUGUUCAUUCGGAAGACGUUUCCACUCUCGCAACAGUACCCCUAGACGUCCUAGUACGGUUCAAAGGAACAUUCAGGGGAAACGGCUUUAACACCAUCUUUCGGCCAAACAAUACCAAAAAACCCACUGCUCUUAAAGUUCAACCGACCGAUGGUGUCAAGGAUAACAUCCUCCAACUCAAUCUUACCGCAGAAACCAUGGUGUUCUCUGAUACGUUCGGGAAGAAGGACGGGCUAGUGCCCAACCGCGGCGUGUUUAACCAAGAAGACAUCGCGCUCGACGGACUACCGUACACCCAGUCCAUCACUGAUGUGACGGAGAAUAUCCAGGGCCCACAGCCCGUCAUCCACUUCGAAACAGGCCUCUGGAUGCGCGUCCCGGGGAGCGAGGAACCUGCUCUCAAGCCAUCCUUCGCCCGCAUGGCGUCCAUCCCCCACGGCACGACCAUCAACGCGCAGUGCUUCGAGCCCGCCAUUACCAAGCCUGGUGCUCCGGUUAUAAAGAAAAUCGGCAUCACACCGUUCCCAAUCGGGGGUGGACGGGAAAUCCAUUUCGACAGCCAGGAUGCCGACAACCAAAGGACACAUCGCCUGCCUGAAAACCUUUCAGACCCCAAGUUCAAAGACAGAAUCACUCAAGAAAUGAUCACCAACCCCAACGUCGUCUUGACGCAAGCCAAUAAGGGAAAGACCUUUGUUGACACCACUACAUUCUCAAUCUCGACCGAAGCAGUCGGGACUGGCCUCGGCGGCGGCACUAGCAACAUUGGCUUCCUCGCGGGCGGCAAGAAGGUUGCCGGCAACGCAAACGCGGCCAAGGUGACGGCCGACUACUGGGUCUCGAAGGUGCGCACGCAGCUCGAGCUCCAGCCGUGGAAGCCCGCCCACAAGGACGACUUCAAAAAGUUCACCCCGGCCCACGACGAAUCGGCCGUCGGCGUCCCUACCUUCUUGGCCAGGGAGGAGAUUACAGAGGCCAAGACGGUCACGGUCGAGUAUACUCAGAUCCAGUACUCUCAGACUGUCAUUCUUGAUUUUGCCACGCUGAGCUGGCCUCAUGCUACCGUUGCGACUCUGGCCCCCGUGGACGCGGAACUUUCUGAAUCGCUUGUGGACUAA